UCUGUUAAUUUUUCAGGACAGUUGCUAGAGAUAUUGGUGGAUCUGAUCCCGAGAGGAUGUCGGCUCCCAACGUUGAACUGUACGUGAAGCAAGUAUUUGCUGAUACUUCAUGUAUAAAAGUUGACAUAAUCUCUGACGAACAGGUCAUUGAGAAGGAAUACCCGCUGCUAGCUGCAGUAAAUCGAGCUGCUAAAUGCACUGAACGACACCGUGCCAGAGUUAUCUUUCUGGAAUAUGUACCAGAAGGUCCAGUGGAAACGACCGUUGUGUUAGUGGGAAAGGGUGUUACCUACGACACUGGUGGUGCUGACAUUAAAGCUGGAGGGGUUAUGGCUGGAAUGCAUCGUGACAAGUGUGGAGCUGCUGCAGUUGCUGGAUUUUUCCAAGUUCUUGCUCGUCUGCAGCCAAAAGGCAUAAAGGUUAUUGGUGGAAUGUCAAUGGUUCGUAACAGUGUUGGGCCAGAUUCGUAUGUGGCAGACGAAAUUGUAACUUCACGAGCUGGUGUGCGAGUCAGAGUAGGAAACACUGAUGCUGAAGGGAGGAUGGCAAUGGCUGAUGUUCUGUGCCAUCUAAAAGAGAAGGCAGAAAAUGAACCCGAUCCACAUUUCUUUACCAUUGCCACUUUAACUGGGCAUGCCUGUUUAUCAGUUGGAGAUGGAUAUUCAAUUGUUUUGGAAAAUGGACCAGCAAGACGAGCAGAGGUUGGAACUAGCUUAAGACAGGCAGGAGACCUUGUAGGAGAUAUGUUUGAAAUAUCUACAAUUCGCAGAGAGGUUAGUGUAUCUAUACAAAUUUAAUAGAACUGUCUGUUGUCUGUAACU